AUGAGCAGCAGCAGAGUUCUGGUCAUUUUGUGCCACGUGGCACUCAUUAUUUGUGGGGUCGCCGGUGCUCCAACGGGUCGAAAGCAAACAAUCAUUUCGGUGAAGUGUGGAGAAAGGCCGGUGGCACACGCGACUGUUCAUUUCAUUGAGUAUGAAAAAGAACUCUCCAUUUACAAGUCAUCGAAUCACAACAAAAUCGACUUGAAUCACAAAACACUAACCGAUGAGCACGGGCAUUACCACUUCAAAAAUGACAAAGUUCUGGGCGAUUUGAGCACGAAGUAUAUCCGAGUCCAGGUUAAAGACUCGUGUUUGGUGGAUACCGUUCAAACUAAAUGCAAUCUACCGUACAACAUCUUCGAAGUCACCCUAGCUGAAAUUCCAUCAAUCAGUCCUCAUCAACUUCUACUUGAUCUCACGCAAUGGGACUUCACCUCCAGUUGCAUUUGA